CCAAAACCAAAGCCACAAAAAAACAAAACACCAAGAAGCACAGCUGAACCGACUCAACGCUCAAGUCUCAAUGUCUAUUUCUAUACUCUCUUACAUAUCAUCAGUAUGGUCAUCAUAUCAAUAUGCCCAUCCCAGUUGGACUCGGAAGCACCCUUAAAUUGAUAGCUCGCCAUCCUCUCGAGAUCCUCCUGGUAUUUGGCAUCAAUCUGCUUGCAAGAAUCAAGACAAUCUUUGUGGGCACCUCAUCAAUCAGCCAUAACCCAAACUGACCACCGCAUAGUUCCGUAAACAGCUUUACAGAAAUCUUGGCCCCAACGAGCUCCGUAUACUAAGGUUUCUUGCCUGCUCUAACUAAUCAAGCCUCUGAAACGGUGCUACUCAUACUUGAACAUGUCUCCCUCGAGCAUACCCCGACCUACAAGGCAUGGGACGAGCAGACAAAUCCAGAUCUGCGGCUGUGGAGGAGAUAUAUCGCUUGGGCUCAACACAUUGGAAAGACACUUGUCAAGGAUCGAGAUUUGUUUGAGCAGCUGAAACGUUUCGACUGGGGAGAUUUCACAGCGCUCUCGUACGCAUGGGGACCUAGUGAUCCCAAACGCUACAUCAUAUUGAAUGGGCGGUUUUUCCAGGUCAAUCCGAAUUUGGAAGCGGCACUGCGGGCUUCACGAGUUCAAUUUGAUCCCAGAAUUGGUCUAUGGGUCGAUGCCUUGUGUAUAAAUCAAGACGACCUUGAGGAACGGGGUGUUCAAGUGCGACGGAUGAGAGAGUUAUAUGGUGGUGCAAUUCAUAUCUUGAUUCAUCUCGGAACCGAGCCUAAUGAUCUUGGUAUGAGAGGCAUUCGAAGGAUUGCCGAAAACAUGAAGAAGGGAUUUGAUUGGCGCAACUAUUUCUUUCAUAUGGCCACCAAUAUGGAGGAUAGUAAGCUGAAUGACGAGAGAGACACAUUUGUUGCAGUCUUCAAACUCUUAGUUCUUCCCUACUGGACGAGAAUGUGGAUCAUACAAGAGUUGGCUAUGGGCCAAGAUCACAUCUGUUGCAGUGGAAACGAAUGGGUACCGCUUGCUGAUAUUCGACAAGUGUUAAAGCUUCUUGUCCUCAACAUAGAUAGUCUUAGCACUCUUGUUCCCCAGGACUUGCUAGAAAAACACAUGCGAGAUUUCCAGUCGACCAUAGGUACUCCUUGGUGGAUUGGACGGGCGAGGGAAUUGACAAUGCUGCCACCGAAUAGGGAAGACUUUACCUACGCCGAGAUUCGCUCACCCAUACUAUCUCUUUCUCAAUCAGCAAAUGCGACUGAUCCUCGAGAUAAAGUCUACGGCCUAUUGGGGCUUUUACCAAACAAACUUGCGUCUAGGUUGGAUCUGAAGGAUAAAAACUACGCAAUCUCGACUCAUGCUGUCUUUCUAAAAUUUGCGAAAACUAUCAUACAGGUUACGAACGAGCUUGAUAUCAUUUUUGCUCGGAAUUUCCGGCAAAGUGAGGACUCGGAACUCCAACUCCCUAGCUGGGCUACAGAUUGGACCUUGAAGCCCAUUCGGACCACGGGGGUUGGCAAUGCAAAUGAAUGGUAUUUUGGCGUCGAAGAAGGCUACGAAACAGUGGAAGAGUCUAACAAAAUAAUACGAGAGUGGAAUGGAGAGGCGAAUGCAUUUCAUUCUGAUGGUGGAAGGAAGCCCAUUAUCACGUUUUCCGACAACAAUAAAUUGAUUUCCUGUGAAGGCUUCUGUAUCGGCCGGGCUGAUGGCAUGGCUGCGGAGUCUCCUUCCGCAACCACAAUGUCUUCCACGCCGGAUCGUUUUAUUAAGCCCACUACUGACCAGACCCUAUACGCAAAUACAUCAGAUACUACAAACGCAAUCUUACGCACCUUGGGCCUUGAUCCUUCUGGGGAGCAAACAAAAGACUCGGGUCUAUUCCACGUACCUUGGUUCGGCGCUGAAGCAGACUCGGAUGCAAAUGGCGAAUAUGGUGCCUUCAAUAUGAGUACGGAGUACUCGAAUCAUUACUUUGGCCUUUUCAGGGAGAGAGGCUGGGAGCAAAAUGAAUUUCUUGGGAGUUUCUUCUCCUUUGAAUUUGCUCGGCGAAACUUGGGCAUGCGAUUUUUCGUCAACCACAAGCCUUUUAAGGACUAUUUUCCAGAUUAUGUUCCACAGCGACCUGAGAAGACUGAUUUUAACAUCUUUCGCACAGUCGUGGCAGUAAGCAAAUUCGACUUAUCUCCAGUUUUCCUUUUCUUAAUUCCCCUCCUGAAUGUAUUUUCCUGCCUCCUAGUGAACAAGAGAAGGAAAGGCUUAACGUACCGUGCCUUUAUAAUUUCUCUUUCUAGCACUAGUAAGCUAAUACUUACUGUCGUCUUUUCUGUCUACGGGGAACCUAACUACCAAAGCUUUCUCAACCAAUAAGCUAACCCUUCUCUACAAAGAAUCUUAUAGGACGCCGCUUGAUUACAACACAGACAGGUCACGUUGGCAUGGCCCCUGCCACUAUCGAGCUCGCAGAUAAGAUAUAUAUACUUGUGGGAUCUAGUAUGCCUGUAGUUCUACGGCCUAGUGGAGAAUACUAUGAGGUUGUGGGAGAAUGCUACGUAGACGGAUUCAUGAAAGGCGAAGCGAUGGAAGGCCUUGAUGCAGGUAAAUAUGAGCUUGAGAGCAUUACAAUAUGCUAAAAUAAUAUCAUACAAUUGGAUAUAUAGCUUUUCGUUCCCUCGCUCCACAGAAAGACCUUCAUUCGCAC